GGGCGAAGGAGGCGACAUGAGCGUGGCGGUCACGUUGGCGGAGCUGGCGGAUGUCGCCUUCCGCACGGCCCGUGGCUGCGGUGUCAACGCCGGCGCCCUGCAGCUCCUCCUGCGCGGGCUGCUGGAGCACCUGCGGCUGCAAAAUGCCGCCACGCACCUCUCCGAGGACGAGAGGGGCCUCCUGCAGCCCGAGGUCAGCGCCAGGCCCCCCAUUCUCCUCCAUCCGGGCCAUCCUGGCGGGUCCCUGGGUGUGACGGAGCUGCCGAGCUCUGGGCAGGGACCUGGCACGCCGGCCGCUGACACGGAGCAGAUGGUGCAGCUGAGGAAGAGGAUAGAGGUGAUUGAGGAGGGGAUGACGAAGGUCACAGACACACUACAGGAGGUGCUCACCAACACCUGCUCCCUGAAAACCACCAUCCAGGCCUUCCAGGAAGAGCUGCAGCUCCUGAAGGACAGUUUCCAGAAGACUGGUCUGGAGGAGCUGCGAGAGCAGGUGAUACAGCAGGACAAACACAGCCACCUCCUGCAGAACAUCCUGAGCCAAAUGGUGGAGGUGCGGCAGCAGCUGAGCUCCUUCCCCUGGCAGACCGGAAUGCUGUGCUCGCUCUGCAGGCUGCCUGCUGGUGAGAAGCUUUCCAGCCAGGACCUCAUCCCUGAGUCCUCACAGGAGCCAGCUCUCGAGGCCCCAUGCAGGCUGAGCGGGCUGUUGGAGCAGCACGAGAGUGUGGAGACCUGCAUCACCUGCAGCAAGAGCACGCUUCAGCAGCACGCUGGCCGGGGGACCUCAGAGGAUGUGGCCACGGAGAAGAUGCGGGGAGAAGGGUCAGAUUUCGGCAGGGAGGUGCUGAACCAGGUGGGACAGCUGCAAGAGCAGUGCACAAGACUCCAGGAGGCUGCAGAGCAGCUGUGGGGUGACUCCAAGGACACUCAGAAAGCAGAUGAGACUACACUGGAGACCAAAGCAAGCCAGGAUGAGUUGCAAAAUACCAUGGCCCAGCUGAGUGAGAUGAUGCAGGACUUGCUGCAGAGGAUGUUCCUGCAUGGCCAGGACAGGCAUAAAGCCUCAGAGCUCACCAGAGAGAGGAACUCCAAGGCACAGCGGCAGCAGACUUGGAGGCUCAGCAAGCAGUGCCACUGCCAGAGACCUUACUUUGACACCAGCAGUGCCAACAGACUCAAGAGGAACCUCUUUGAUCCCAUGAAGUGCAUCUCCUGUGACAGACCUCUGGCCGCAGCCCCAAGGCUGCCUUUGGUGACAGUCCGCAAGGCCACUGCUGGUGGCUCCGACUGCCUGGCACAGCAGCUGCCAGGAAGGGAGACCGAAGGGCGCAACCAGAUCAGCCAGGGUCCCACAGCUCCCACCAGGCCACCGUCUGCCUCCAGCUCCCUCACUACCAUCUGUCCCUUCGGAGUCCCUGCAGACCUCACCUACAACAAUGGUCAAGUGGAUAUUUUGGGCAUUGAUGGAAUCAUCUACAAGGGCAGGCUAAGCUCACAGGCCACCAAUGGCGCAGCCACUCGGGGCAGGGACUUCCCAGGCACAAAAUCCCCUCAGCCCUCUGCCCAGCACACUGCAGAGAAGGUGCGCCGCAACCCCAAGUAUGGCAGCCAAUACGUGUCCCCGUACUCAUGUGCUGCCAUGCGGACAAGGAUGGUCUCCUCAGCGGGUCGCUGGCCGGCCUCUGCUGGCGGCAGCAGGAUGGCAGGUGUAUGAGCUGGCUGCGGGUGGUGUGAGUGUACAGCAAGGGGCUUCAGGGAUUGGAGGGGUGGGGGCCAUGCUGCCCCAGCCUCUCCUUCCCCCUCACAGCCUCUUAUCACAGCAGGGUAACACCAUAUGCCAUAAAUCUCUCUCCUCUGCUGCCUGGGCUCUGUGUGGUUCCUGAGCAUACAGGGCAUCCUGGGGGAGGACCUUGCAGAGAUCCUGGUGCAGCCUCCAGGAUGGGGCAGUGCAGGUGGUUCCUGCCCCAUUUUAGCCCCAGCCAGGUGUGGGCUGCUCUCCCCACAGCACUUUGAGAUGCCUCCCCAGAGGGAUGCUUCUGGAUCAUGCUGAGUCCCAGUGAGCUCUCUAACCAGUCCACAGGUCCCUGGUUAGCCCUGGGCUGGAGCAUGUCUCCUACAAAGGCAGGCUGAGGAAGCUGGGCUUGUUAAUCCUGGGGAAGAGAAGGCUCUGGAGAGACUCACUGCAGCCUUUCCGUAUAUAAAAGGAGCUUGUAAGAAUGAUGGACUUCUACAGGGCUCUGUACUGACAAGGAGCAGCAGUUUUAAACUAAAAGAGGGGACAUUUAGGUUGGAUAUAGGAAAGAAAUUUGUCACGCAGAGCACAGUGAUGCCCUGACCAGAGUCAUGAGUGCCCCAUCCUUGGAGAUACCCAAGGCUGUGGAUGGGGCCCUGGGCAGUCUGAGUUGGUGGGAGGUGUUACUGCCCAUGGUGGGGUUGGACUGGAUGUUCUUCACAUCCCACCACUGCUGCAAACGAAGCAGAGACACUGGGUUCAAAGCAGAGCGUGUAUUGCAAGCAGCUGCGACAUGUCCAGAGAGACUUGCAGCUGCCAGGAGAAGAAAAGAACAGAGGGGUUAAAAAUGAUCCCAGUCUGUAGGGUUACACUUUGUCAUGCAAAAAGCCCCAGGGCAAACCCCAUCCCAGGAGGGUGAGGGGAUGUUGUGUGGCUCACCCAGGGCUCCGCAUCUGCCCCCGGGGCUCUGCGCCUGCCUCAGCCCUGCUCACCCCCAGCACAGCAGUACAGGGUGCAGGAGCAGCCCUUGCUCUCCUUCUUCUCCUCAUGAAGAACCAAUAUGGGGUAUCUGCCCCCCCCAUCCUGCCACAUGAGGCCAAAGGAAGGGGGCACUUGGGCAAGGUCUGGCGCAGGGACCGUGAAGAAGGAGCCUCUUCCUCCGUAAGUGUUACUUGCAUGCAAAUUCCAGUGUCCCAAAGGAGGGGGCUGCACCCUCCCCGAGUCCAGGCAGAGGCUGGCAGCAGUCUGUCCCACGCAGCCUCCCGCUGUCCCUG